AUGAAUCGAGCGAUUACGCGCCUGGUUGAAGCUUGCAGUCGCUUGACCUUCUCUCAGCGUUGUCACAACCACUGUAAGCGGAUAGAAAUAUUUUUUUAUUAAAACAAAUACAAUUUUUUUCAGACUUCUACUCAACUCCAACUUCUGCAAAUGUUCCUUCGUUUCCUUUGCCGAUUACUUCAAGAAUAGAUAGAGGUUUUUAAAGAGUCUAUCCGAAAUAUGUUUUAAUAUUAAGGUUCUUCAAGGCAAAAUGAAUCAGUUCAUUUUCCGCAGUCGUCGGUUCCCGUGGACCUGCCGUCACUAGAAAACCCGCAACAGGUUGUUAACGAUGUACAGUACGGAUUUAAAAAUAAUUUUCAGGUUUACACUUUCCCCACGCUGAACCGAACGCCGUUUCAAGCGCCACCUCCCCCUUUGACGGAAAUUUUAGACAAAUUAGCUCCAAGUGCUAUCAAGGUUUUUUUUAAAAAUGAAAAUCACGCUGGAAAAUGUUUUAAUCCAGGGUAGUAUUGAAGAACCAAGUUAUAAGGAACAAGUACCUAUGCAUUUAUCACCACGGCUUCUGACGAUUCGACGGAAGAAAAUGAAGAAACAUAAGCGGCGAAAGCGCUUCGAUCGAGAUUAUUUCAAAUAUCAAAAGUAUCAUCGAGAGAAAAAACUCCGGGUAGGUUACUUCCUAUUCUUUUCUCUAAAUUUCCAAAUCCUUAGUAUCAAAUUCGUUAUAUAUUGUCAAUCGUUGGAUUUUUGUUUUGCGAAACUUCUCAUCUAAACAUUUUUUUACAACUUUUAAAAUUCAAGCUGGGAUUUUAAAGUUGACGUUUUUUUGAUUCCAUAAUCUCGAAAAAAUUAUCGGAACUUUUUUUGCCUGGAAAGUUUUUGUUUGGCGUCAACGACAUUUUCUCUAAUUCUAGGCGGAACGCGAAUUUCAAAAGCGGAUGAAGUCUUUGUUGAACGAGUUGGAAGUUUUCAGUCCCGAAAAAUACGUCGAAGAAACGAUUUCUAAGUAACGGCCCCGAACUUUGGAUUGAAAAAAUGAUCUCAAUUUUUAGGGCAAAAAAAGAAUGGCAGGAUGAUUUGGCGCCGACGGGGCGAAAGCUCUAUCCGCAUUGGUCGCGGAUGAUGUCUCUCGAGGAACUUUACGCUCUUCCUAAAAGCGAAUACAUUGAUAAAAGGUUCGUUGAUAUAUUUUUUGAAUGAGAAACAAUACUAUUCAUUUAUUUUCAUGGGCACCAUUUUCACCUGUUUCAGACAAAAUUUUCAUGGUUUUUUUUAUGAUUACGCUUGAUUACACUCAAAUCGCGCUUUCAUUUUUUCCACAUCAAGCGUAUCCUCAAGCGUACCUUAGGAUUUUCUGAAAAGUUUGCUGAGAUAUUCUUUAAUGUAAUCUGGUUAAACAAAUUUUUUUCAACUGGAAGAUGUAACGGAUGGUUUUUUUUUACGUUUUCGAAUCCAAAUGGAAGACAACAAAAUUUUUUGAGAGCUUCAAACUUGAGUGCAUGUCUACCACCUCUGUCAAUCUUUUUUAAACCCUACCCACUAGCAAAAAAAAACCUCGCGAGAAUUUAUUUUUGAUGGUUUCAUUGAUUUAUUGCUCUAAUAUCGCACCCAAUUAGUUUAUAUUGUGAACUGCCGAUUGAAAAAGGGCUAACCAGUACCUUCAGAUCCGGUCUCCCCACACCCGAAGACGCCGAACAGAUCAAAGUUCUCCGAGAAAAAUACGCCAAAUUAUUCAAAAAGAAAUAG